AGAGACGACGGAGGCGUGCUGGGGGCCUUGGAAGGCCUUUAACCUUGAUUGCUUUAGCUUUAAGUUUUCCCCUUGGUUUAGAGAAAGCGACCCCGCGGCCUCAAGGAGAGGAGAGAAACUCCUGACUCCCGAAGCACGCGUCGGCUGGGGAGCCAGCAGUGUAAAAUAGGAAAUUGCCCGAACCCGGACGAGCCUCCUCCUAGGGAGAGUCAGGAAACCCUUCCCGAAGUGGGAAACGAGGGUCCCGCCUUCCGAGAGCCCCUGUAAAGAAGAUGACUCAAGACCAGCCUUUGCUUGCGGUGCAGGAGGCCCUGAGGAAGUGCUUUCCCGUGGUGGAGGAGCAGCAGGGCCUGUGGCAGAGCGCUCUCAGGGACUGCCCGCCCCUCCUGACCUCCCUCAGCAACCUGGCAGAGCAGCUGCAGGCCGCACAGAACCUGCGAUUUGAGGAUGUGCAGGCACUUCGGGCCUUCCCAGACUUACAGGAGCGGCUGAGGCGCAAGCAGCUGGCGGCUGGUGACACCGUCCUCGACAAGCUAGAGGAGAAGCUAGCCGCCCUCCUCAAGGUACGUGAUGUGGUCAGCAGCCACGUGAAACACGUGCUUCAGAUCUAUGAGCAGCACGCAGACACGAUUGACCUCGAUGCUGUCUUGCGGGCGUCAGCGUCGAGCCCCUCUGUGGCUGAAAUGUUGGAGUGGUUGCAGGAUAUUGAGAGACAUUAUCGAAAUUCGAAGGUACCUAAAGAGGAAGUACCUCCUGUCCUCAGUCCAGUGGGGAGACUUGGGAAAUAUCCAAGCUUUGCCCAAAGCCUGGGACCGAAUUUCAGAAGACGAACACGCAGACCUUGUGCAAGAUAUCCUGCUGAAUGUUUCCUUCUUCCUGGAAGAAUGAAGAAGCUGUGUGUUUAUCGGGAGACUAGGGGGACACAGUUGAAGACCAACAUUGCUGCACUCUGAUAUUUCUGAAGAAAUGCCAGUAUUGCAACUUUUUAUUGGAGACAUCAGUGCCUAGAGCCUGAGGACUGGCUCUGGGGAGGAUUGCGCUGGAUGUAUAUGAUGUUCGGGCUUCUUCAUUCCAGGUCAUGGGUGAGGGUAUGUGGUCACACCUUGCCCUUUCCUGAGGCUCAGGGGAGUGGACAGAGGCAGAGAAGGUGCAGGAAAGGCGAUGCAGAAGAACACUGGGGGCAGAAGCAGCAGCCACAGAAGUGGUAAGAAAGGAGAGGACAGGGGUAGAGAGUUGGCAUCGCCCUCAGCAUCAUCCAGAGCUCUGAGCUUCGCUGAUACAGGUCCUGUUCAGUACCCGAUCCCUUGGUGAAAAAAAGUGGCUUUGAUAAUGUAAAGAAGUAGGAGUGAUGUUGGUGGAAAACAGUUACCGUUUUUGAAUUGCAUUUGUUCCUUAUCAUCCAAACAAUUUCAGUUUCCAGAGCCUACCACCAGGGGGAGGUGGUGUGGCAUGAGUUACGCUGAAUGCUUUGUGUUUGGAGGCGUUCCCUGGUUGCUCUUAGUAUCUGAGAGUAACUGGGGAUAUUGGGACUCCUAAAAUAACACGGUUUUUUGUUGUUGUUUUAACCAAAGCUGACAGCUGACUUGCCAUAGUCCUCUGAUCUUGGAGUAGCUGAGUGGAUGGGAGAACACCAGCUCAGGCAUUCAGGGUUGUGUUUCUGAGGCCCAGUGCCUUCAUCAGUGAAAUGGUUGUGGUACUUCCAGACCUCUCACCUUCCUGGGCUGGUGCAAAAAUCUGGGUCAUUGGAUGUAAAGGGGCUUAAUAAAGAAUAUAGAUAUUUUUCAAAAUGAAAAUGACUUUUUUCUUAUUACAAAACUGGAUAUAUGCUUUUUAAAAAAAGUAGAAAAAUUGUAGAAAACGUUUAAAAUGCAGAAAAGUAUAAAACAAGCUCCACCAGAGAUAUUUUGAUGUGUAUUUUUUCAGUGUUCAUCUUCACAAAUUUUAACAGAAUAAUUAGGGUGUCAUUGAUAAAUACCCUUGUUUAAAUUAUCUUAAAAAAAAAACAACCUUAAUAUAGUUUGGCCAGUUUUUCAUAUCUGUGAAUAUAGCUCAACACAAUUAUACACCAUUAUACACCAUUUUAUGAAUGUAUUAUAUUUUACAUGUGUGUAAUUUUUAAGUCUUCAUGUUUUUCUACCUGUAAGGAUAAUACAUUCUGACUGUUAAAAAUUGAAGUAUUACAGAAAGUAAUACAGAAAAAUACACAUUGUCCACCUGGCAGAUACGUAUGUAAUUGUCUUGAUUUUUUUAAAUAGUUUUUUUAAAGUAAUUUUUUAGCUGCAUUGGGUCUUCAUUGCUGCGUGAGGGCGGUGAGCAGGGGCUCUUCUUCCUUGUGGUGCUUGGGCUUCUCAUUGUGAUGGCUUCUCUUGUUGCAGAGCACAGGCCCUAGGCCUAAGUUGCUUCUCGGCAUGUGGGUUCUUCCUGGUCCAGAAACUGAACCCAGGUCCCCUGCAUUGGCAGGUGGGUUCUUAACCACUGUGCUACCAGGGAAGUCCCCCGUGAUUGUUUUUAAUAACAUGGUGUAUAUUCUUCCAGGAAUUUAAAAAAAUCUAUUCUAUCACAUAUAUAAUCAUUGUAAAUAAAAACUUAAGACAUUUGGGUAUCAGGUUUUUUGUUGUGCUCUGGGCACAGAGGUGACGGAGAGCCCCCAAAAAAGAUUUGUAGUUCAACCAGGGACAGAUUUAAACCAGUGUUUCUCAGGCUUGAAAGUGUAUAUAAAUCACUGUGAUCUUGUUAACAUUUAGAUUCCCAUUCUGUAGGUACCGGGUGGGGCCCUGGACUCUGCAUUUCUAACGAGGUCCCAUGUGAUGUCAGUGAUCCAAGGACCAGACUUUAAGUUGAAGAAAUUUAAAUUGUAACACAAUAGUGAAAGUGUUGUAUUUGAGGUCAAAACAGAAUUCCGUGGGAAAAUAGAGGUGACAGCUAACUGCUGCGGGAUUCCUUCAUGGGGAUCGUGACGUCUGAGUGGGGCCUUGAAGCUCAGAGAGGGGAGCAGGGCGCUCCGCACACAGGGACAGCCUCAGCAGAGGCAGUGUCUGAGGAAGAAUGGAUGCGGAUGCCUCCUGGAAGUUUGCUGUGUGCGGACACUGCUUGUGGCCUGUACACCGUAGAACUAGAAGCGUUCACAGUUGAGUGUAGCAGGGCACUGGCGUUCAUAGGGGGAUGGGAGAGUGGCAGAAGGUGGGUCUGUAAGGGUGAACUGGGAUGAAUUUGUGAAAGCCUUGCUCAAGAGUAUGUAUUUUGCAAAUGGGAGUUGCUUGUUUGUGUGUUUGCGUAUAAUAAAGAGCUUUUAAAAUCUCCCUCAUUGAAACAAGUAAUCAUGACUGAAUAAAGUAUGUUUAUGGUGCUAAGUAAUAACUAUGUGU